GAUAGUUAAUUAAUCGCUCCAAUAUGUUAAAAAGUGGGUCUGGCAUUGGUUAAAAGUAAUUGGUAUUCUAUUCUGAUUUCUGUGUACAGAAAAUAGAAAAAAGGAGUUGGCUAUCUGGUGUAGCGGAUUGGACAAAAAAUUUACUUUUAUAUAGAAAAAAAAAUUAAAAAUAUAUUAUGGAUGUACUGCUUGACGAAAUCGAAUCUUUGGAAGCAAUUCUUAUGGAUGAUGUACGAAUACACAGAAACACUGAAACAAACCAUCCACAAAUAAUCGAAACAACCAUUUUCCCCGCCGUCGAGCACGACUCUGAAGAGCAAUAUAUCUGCGUUGAUCUGCAAGUUUUGCCUUGCGAUGGUUAUCCAGAUACAAGUCCAAAAUUUAACCUUGUAAAACCUCGGGGUUUGGAUGACUCUCGUUUAGAAUCUAUGCGAUUGGCUUGUAUUGAAAAGCUUAAAGAAACUCGGGGCUUCCCUGUUGUAUUUGACUUGAUUGAUGUUGUCCGAGAACAUUUAACGGGAAGCAAUCUUCCUUGCGGUCAAUGUGUUGUAUGUUUGUAUGGAUUCCGCGAUGGAGACGAGUUUACCAAAACCAAGUGCUAUCACUAUUUGCAUAGCUAUUGUUUGGCUCGUCAUUUGUUAGCUGCCCGUAAAAACCAUCAAGAAGAGCAGGAAAAGUUGCCUGCAUGGAUAAGAAAAGCAUCAGAGCCGUUCCAAGCAAGCUGUCCUGUUUGCCGCGAGGCCAUCGAAGAUGAGUCGGAAUCUUUGAGAUCUUGCAUACUUCCAAAAGAAAUGAUUAAUGCUCCAGAUUUUCAACUUACCGACGAACUAGUGACUUUGCAGCAAGAAAUGUCGAAACUUUUUAUUCAGCAGAAGAAAAAGGGUGGUAUAAUAGACGUCGAAGCCGAAGUUGGUUUCGUUAUAUCGACCGAACCAGCUAACACCACAGAAGAACAGGGAAAUAAGCAUCUUGGCAUCGAAACUAUUAAUUACAUAAAAGAGGGUAGAUUGCCAAUAGACCGUAACCCGGGAAGGAAGUAUAAAUGUUCCGGGGAAACUAGCGUUCAAAAUCAAAAACCAGCGCAGAGUACCCAAAAACCAAACUAUUGUAACAAGGUAGUCGAUAGUGCUGAGGGGAAUACAAGCACUAACUUUGCUCCUGUGGUGUCCCCGUCUCAACGUUUUGCCUCUGAUCCUAAAAAUAAUAACUACCACCAUCAUUCAAACCGCAGAAACUUUCGUGGUCGACGUAACCAUAAUUAUCACCAUCAACGAUCUGAUAAUGCAAGUCAAGUACGCACAGUAAUACCACCCCCCGGUCAGGCUUCAAAUUCCAAUAAGCAGCAAAAAGAUUUACCUAACUGCAGUACGAAUACAAGGUGACACAAGUACUCGCUAUUGUUGACUUGUCAAGCUUGUUACCUAGCAAAGGUCUUAUUCCUCUUCUAUUUUGAAGAAAUAUUAUAAAAGUAUAUAGUUACAAUACAAUUUUCGAUGAACGAACGGAACACAAAGCUAAAGUAAAACAAGUCGUAUAUUCUUCAUUAGCAAAUGCUUCUGCUAUAAUUUAUAGCUGUAGACAUUAUAAAAAUGUGUGGUACUAGUCAAUUGUAUGACGAACAUACAAUUUUAAGGCUUGGUCACACCGAAGGGUACAUGCGGUAGCGGUACGGGUACUUGUAUGAAAAAAAUUCCAAACUGAUACAUCAACGUUCAGAUGUGUAAUUUUUUUCAUACAAUUACCCGUACCGCUAAGGCAUCUACCCUUCGGCGUGGCCAAAUCUUUAAAUGUAAAAUGUACUUUAUUUAUAUUUCCAAUUGAUUAAGUUCUAUAUGAAUAAACCAAUAUAAAAAUUAUUAAAAGAUCAUAUAUUUGAGAUAAUUAAGUGCAAUGUUUGUCUAAAUAUGUUGUAUAGAAAGUAUUAUGAUUGUGACAAAAUACAAAUAAUAAAAUGUUUCUUUCUUCUAGAGAA